GCGAGUCUUUGGCUGCCUGGGCUGCAUGGGCAGGCAGACCUACAAGGGCUGCAGCGAGCUCCAGUUCAGCCAGGGCUCGGUGCUGGUGCAAUCCACCCUCGUGUUCGGGCACGGCAAUGGCACCGCCAGCGGCAGCGCUGCUGAGCAGCAGCUGAGGAGCAGCCUGGACCCCAACGGCUUCGUCAUGGACCUGCAGCUGGCUGAUAUCCAGAGUGCUGUGGAGGUGACGUCCCCAGCACCAGUGCCUGUGGUCCCGGACUGGGCUAUUGCUCUGCUGGUCCUGGUCUGCCUCCUGCUGCUGCUGAGCAUCCUCACCUGCCUGCUGAUGACCACCUGCACCUGCCGCCGGAAGAGCCGAGGGAAGCUGGAGCUGUCCAACAAGAAGGACUCCUACCACCCCAUGGCCGAGUACCCCCCGUACCAGAGCCACGGGCGCUAUGCGCCCCCCAACAGCAAGCCCAGUCCCUACAGCCAGGUGGCCAGCAGCAACGGGGCAGGGGCUGGCACCUUCACCUACACCAACCCCACUGCUGGCUCUGACAACCUCUGAGGGCCUCGCUGGGCCAGUGGGAGGGAGGCUGCUGAGAGGAGGGGUUGGUCGCAGCCCCCUGCUCCCAGGGGAGCAGCACCAGCCCUGGGCACAUCCCCUGGUGCUGCUCGGCCCCACGCCACGGACAGCAGGAGCCAGAGGGUUCUGCAACAGCUGGAUUCAUGCACAUGACAGA